CGGUGUUGCUAGAAUCUUGUCGACAGAUCCAAAGCCAUCUACCACACCUCUUGGAUCGUCUCAUAGCCGCGCCCCAAAAUUUGCGAAUAUUCCUCCUGCUCCUGCUCAAACAUGAGAGUCAUUGCUAUUUUCGUCACCGUUUUGGCAGUAUCGUUGGCAGCCCCAACGGAGUCAGGAUGUUAUUCUGGGGAGGUGGAUGCGUCGAAGAAGGUGGAAAAGUCCUCUCCAGAAGGUCCUGUUCUGCAGGACGAAAGCGUCCAAGUGGAAAAGGAGGCGGAGCAGAUGAAUAAGAAUCCGAUUGGAACAGAAGUGAAGACUCAAGAAGCACCGGAUUCUGCUGCAUCUGAUAAUGAGGAAAGCAAUGACGACGAAGUAUCAACCGAUAAGGAACCCCCGUACAAGAAGCCGACCAUCGACGAUUACAAGGAUAUAUGCCGAGCGACAACUGGAGUCACAUUUGAGCAAGUUGCGGUUCUCGGCGAGAAAUUGGACGACGAUGCUCCGCAGGAAAUGAAGUGCUACGUUCAGUGUAUGGAGGAGUAUCUUGGAAACGUACGUGAUAAAGUGUUGGAAAGGUACGAUACCAUGUUUUACAAGACCUUGCAGCUCGUGGAUGAGAAUAAGGACAAAGGUUACGAAAUAUGCGACAGCAUAGUGACUGACGAUCCUUGCCAUUCGUCGUAUUUGAAAUUUGCCUGUUACUUGAGAGCAGGGAAGUAGAAAGGCUGGAAACUCGGCUAACGGGAUCUGAACUGAUGAUUGUUAUUUCGAUUGAUUAUGUCCAAUGAUCGUUUAUCUGUAACCAAAUCCAUACAAGCAGUGUCACGAUAAUAAAUUAUUUUUUGAGGUAUAAAAGAGAAGAAGAGUAAGAAAACAAAAUUUGGAAGGAUCAUUGUAAUUCGGUACCUUGAAGUGUUUCUUAUACGUAUCUAAGAAUUUGCACGAGUGGGUGUUUAAAAAAGAAACUAAUCGAUUACAUCCACCGUAUGAAUGAAAUAAUGUGAUUUUCAAACCUCCCUUCAAACAUGAAAAUGUUCGUUUUUACGCCCCAUAGAAAGAGAGACGUCGCUGAACUUUGAUAUCGAAUCUAAGUACGGCUUCUUCAGACAGCUUCGUACCAAUCUUGAGUAAGAAGAGAAAAAAAACUGAAUUUUGAUUGGAAAAUAAAUAGGACAUUGGUGGUGAGAGGCCAGGGGAUGGUUAAAAAGUUUAGAAGACGAGUCUGCCGAGAAGUGAUAAAAGAUAGAUGGAGAGAAUAGAAUAGAAUAGAACAGAGUAGGGCUUAUUAUUAUCGGUAACAAUAUUGGACAAACUUCGAAGCCUUGUUAAGAAAGAACUUGAAGAAUAGCGUUGAAGGCUAAAUGAUUAGAGCUAAGAUCAUGGAGUAGAAGGAGACAAAACUACAGGAAUAAAAAUGGGAAUAAAGUCUAUGUGGCGCUGUUAAUAGUGCGGAACCGAUUACUUCCAGUUCACUAUAUAAGUCAUUAGGCUUACGAGUACUGUUCUAUUUCGGGGCAACAUGACCGCAGUAAAGAAGGUUGCAUCGUUGUUGGGUCAUGUGACAUGAAGUGUUAAUGUAUGAAGCUUUUUCUGUUUAUAAAAUAAACAAUGGGUAAAACGU